AUGUGGCACGCAUACUCAGACACGAGAGAGGCCAACUGGAGGGGCUCGGACCAAUACUUCUGUGCUCUGGGGAACUAUAAUCCUGCCCAAAGGGAGUCUGGGGGAGCCUGGGCAGCUGAAAAGAUCAGUAAUGCCAGAGAGGCUUUUCAAAGAUGUACAGGUCAUGGAGCUGAGGACUCCAGAGCCGACCAGUUUGCCACUAAAUGGGGACAGAGUGGCAAAGACCCCAAUUUCUUCCGACCCAAAGGCCUGCCCAGAAAAUACUGA